UCCAAAGAAGCGAGAGUUCAAGUUGAACAACGACGUAUGUAACCGCCGAAGCGUCCAGAAUGAAGGGAUCCAAGGUCAAGGGCUUGUUGUCUUCGAUUUGUUGUUACAACUUCGCUCUUUGUCAAUCAAUAAACACCCUACAGUCAACAUGAAGCUCUCCGUCUUUGCUCUCCUUGCCGGCUCUGCCGCUGCCUACACCACCCCCACCAUGACCUUUGCUGUUGGCAAAAAGUCUGCUCCUAAGAUCAAGGCCUCCAGUGGCGGCACUGUCCCAUCCAAGGCUCUUCCUUACGAGAACGCCCCUGCUGCUCUUGAUGGAAGCCUUCCCGGUGAUGUCGGUUUCGACCCAUGCUUCCUUUCCACAAAGGCUGACUUGAUGGCUGACUACUUCAACGGACUUAACUUCGUUGGCAACCCAGGUCUUUCUGGACUUGAAUGGUACCGUGAAGCCGAAUUGAUGCACGGACGUAUCGCACAAAUGGCCGUCCUCGGAUUCAUCUUCCCUGGAUUCACUCGUCUUCCCGGUCUUGAGGGAGUCAGCUCCAACCCCCUUGCUGCCUUCGACGAGGUCCCAUACGCCGGUGUCUGGCAAACCAUUGCCUUCAUGGGAUUUGUUGACUUGUUCCGCAUUAGCCGAAUCCGAGAAUUGGGAUCCAGCUACACUCCCGGUGACUACGGUUGGGGACAAGGAGGAUUCAACCCCUUCGGAUUCAACUACUCCCCAGAAGAAUACUACGAGAAGCAAGUGCAAGAGACCAAGCACGGACGUCUGGCUAUGAUUGCUCUUCUUGGACUUAUCUGGCAAGCCAAUGCCUCCGGUGUUGGUGUCCUUGACCAAUUGGGACCUGCUUUCUCUGCUCCCGAUUACUACGCACGUGCUGGAUACUUCCUGCCCCAGGGAAUCUAA